GAAUUCAUGUCCGAGUUCUUCCCGGGACAAGUUUUGCCCAGAGGCCAUACUUUAUUAGUGUCAGUGUGCAAUGCUGUCAGUGACUCUUCUCCUCCUGUUCAUUUCGUCUCUGGUCAAGUUUCUUUCUCGCUGAAAAUUCCCUUCCUGGCUCCUUCUCACUCUCUCUUUGUGUGUGUAUGUGUGUCUGACUGUGACUGUAAUCUCCCACGUUCUUUUUUUCCGCUAAAAUGUUCCUUCUGGCCUAUUUCCUCGUCCCGGAUCACGGAAGAGCGACAACCCUCCUCUACUGAAGUCUGCCCCUCUGAUCAACUGACCGACUGAAGAUUCACACACAAGUGUGUGUGUAGAUAGCUACGGCGAGAGACACACAAUUUUAGCCUCGAAGUUCAGUUGUUGGAACGCAUUUCCAUCUCGCUCUGAUAUCAGAGAAGUUAAAGGAAUGUGGACUAUUUCCCAUGGAAUUACCCGUGAGGAUUAACUCGCGAUAAGAAAUCGGCGCCCGUGCUUGUGUUUGACCGUGGACGGGAGUAUAUGUCUGAGGUAUAUGAACCUGCUCGGUGUUCUGUAGCCGCAGAGCUCAUGCAUGGUGAGUUUGAGACAGGCAGUUUGCUCCAGUCCAAAUUCACAGUGAAAAGCAAAUCGGGAGAAAUGAUGCGAACAGCACGAAAGUUUUAAGCAAACUUUUACUUGAGUCUCUAGAGAACACGAGUAGGCAAUUGGUCUCUUUUCAGAACAGUAAAUUGUCCUUCCACGUUUGGGAAUUUAGUUUAGGGUGUGCAAACGCCACGGACAGAAUGAACAUCUCUGGGCGCGUGGUACUUGCGCUGUUGCUCGCCCUGCUGGUGGGCUUUACCGGGGGCACACAAGCCCAAGUAGUGUCCGCCAAGGUGAUGCGGUCGUCAAACGUGAGGCGAGAUGACUUGUACCGGAAAGAAGAGGUCGUCACGGUAACUGCAGCUGGGGGAGCCAUCCAGAGCCCCCGCUUCCCGAACGCCUACCCCCGAAACCUGCAGUUGUCAUGGAAACUACUGUCGCCCCACAACACCCGCAUCAUCCUGGAGUUUGACUCCCACUUUGCGCUGGAGGAACCAGAGAACGAAGUCUGCAGGUAUGACUUUGUGGAGGUGGAGGACAUCUCAGAGACCAGUACUAUUGUCUGGGGGAGAUGGUGUGGUCAGAGAGUCCCCCCACGCCUCACCUCCAAAACCAACACCCUCAAAGUCACCUUCAAGUCAGACGACUACUUCGUGGCCAAGCCUGGCUUCAAACUCAACUACUCUCUACUGGAUAAUUCUCUUCCUACAGCAUCCAGGACGAACUGGGAAGCUGUGACCCAGAUGGAUGAUGCUCCGUCACUGUUGGCCCCAGUGGUGACUGAUGUUCCUCUGACAGCAGCAGCGUUGGACCAGACCAUAGCAGCCUUCAACACAGUGGAGCAGCUCCUCCGCCACCUCAACCCUGACAGCUGGAGACAGGACCUGGACAGCUUGUACAGAGAGACAGCCAUGUACAGACCCCGGGCCUACCAGCACAACAGACAGAACAAGAUUGACCUGGACCGUCUGUAUGAUGACGUGAAGCACUACAGCUGUACACCUCGGAACUACUCUGUCAACCUGAGGGAGGAGCUGAGGGCCACCAACGCCGUGUUCUUCCCACGAUGCCUACUGGUGCAGCGCUGUGGGGGAAACUGUGCCUGUGGGACGGACAACUGGAACGGCUGUACCUGCAGCGCGGCCAAGACCAGUGACAAACUACACGAGGUGUUGAAGUAUGCUCCUGAGGUGGGAGGUUUUUCACGGCGUCGGACAGCUCGUGUCCGCUGGGUCCUAGAGGAGGUCCAUCUCUUGCACCACGAGCGCUGUGACUGUGUUUGUCCCUCCAGACCACCCCGCUGAGAGACAAUGGGACAGGGGGACCCAGCUCUGGGAUUAACUGCUGUUUAUAUCUCCAUAUCUCUCUUUGUAGCGCUCCCCUGCCAUCCAUCCCCAUAACAACCUGAUACAAACCUAGUCACCAACAACAUCCAUCCGUCCACAUACCAACAUGUUACAAACCUAGUCACCAACAUCCAUCCAUCAUCCACAUACCAACAUGUUACAAACCUAGUCACCAACAUCCAUCCGUCCACAUACCAACCUGAUACAAACCUAGUCACCAACAACAUCCAUCCGUCCACAUACCAACAUGUUACAAACCUAGUCACCAACAUCCAUCCAUCAUCCACAUACCAACCUGAUACAAACCUAGUCACCAACAUCCAUCCGUCCACAUACCAACCUGAUACAAACCUAGUCACCAACAUCCAUCCGUCCACAUACCAACCUGAUACAAACCUAGUCACCAACAUCCAUCCGUCCACAUACCAACCUGAUACAAACCUAGUCACCAACAUCCAUCCGUCCACAUACCAACCUGAUACAAACCUAGCCACCAACAUCCAUCCGUCCACAUACCAACCUGAUACAAACCUAGUCACCAACAUCCAUCCGUCCACAUACCAACCUGAUACAAACCUAGUCACCAACAUCCAUCCGUCCACAUACCAACCUGAUACAAACCUAGCCACCAACAUCCAUCCGUCCACAUACCAACCUGAUACAAACCUAGCCACCAACAUCCAUCCGUCCACAUACCAACCUGAUACAAACCUAGCCACCAACAUCCAUCCGUCCACAUACCAACCUGAUACAAACCUAGCCACCAACAUCCAUCCGUCCAGAUACCAACCUGAUACAAACCUAGCCACCAACAUCCAUGCAUCCCCCAAACCCUGGUCCUGCUAACCCCAACAGUGCCCUGCUGCCACCCAGCAAAACCUCAAAUUUACCCCACCCUCUCCACUAUCAGCUCAUGACCACCCCGUCAUCUUCCAAGCCCCCAACAUUCCUUGUCCACUGGGGUAUUGAUGAGGGGCUGUUAAGGACAUGACACCUUUAAGUGUGUGUUCAUACAGUAUCCAAGCCUGUGUUAUUUUCUAUAUUCAUAUUAGAAUGUCCUUUUGCUCUUCCUGCAACUGGUUUUCUCUGUAUAAUCAUUGUGAAAUGAGUUUCAGGGAAGGAAGAGAGAGAGAGAGAGAGAGACAGAACCACACAAACAAUCUGACCACAAACCACACACACAAACAUGUGCACACACACAUAUCCCCCCCGAGCAGACCCAAGGUCUCCACUCCUCCCUAAAGACAACAUUCUUAUUUAUUUGAAAUUCUUUGCUGUUUCUUUUCCUUUUUCUGUGAAGUUCUGCUUUGUUGUUCUAUUUCUCCUCCUUCAUUCAUCAGAUGAAGGGAUGAGAUGUCAGGAUACAGAGACAGUUAAAAACAUUGUUUUUAUACCUUUCUACAAAUAUUACCCUCCUCUCCUUCACUAAAUCACUCCGACUGAUCAGCGGAAUGACUUUGGAACGUUCUGCCCGACCCGACGUUCCAAUCGUACCAACAGCCGACCCCAGAAAUGUUGCUAACCAGAAUUGUACACCCCAUCCAAAAUAGGGAGAGGGUUGAGGAUGUGGUUGGAAUUUGUGUAAUGUUUUAUAUCUGCAAUAUUUGCAGACCUGGUGCCCUGUGCCUGUACUGUACUAUCCCGUGGUUAGAUCUAUUUCUGUUUGGACCUUGUUCUUCAAACAAUUCAUCCCCAAACACAAUCCACAGUCAUCACUAUAUAAUCUUCUGCAUUAUAGGUGUGUAUGUGUGUUUAUUUGAGGGAAAGAAUGUGUAUCUGUUGCACUGUCUGUGAUCGUGUGUGUGUGUGUGCGCACGAGACAGUGCAUCAAAGAUCUUGAAACAUUCUCAAAGUACAAGAUCAGUGACUGCCUCCACAUCAUAAAGAAACAACAAAGAUCUUCCUGCAACCCCUCUAAGGCUUCAUAUUGGUCAUUCCACUGGGGGAGCUGGCCUCAUUACCAACCAUCAACUCCUCUGUCCAUACAGACUGAAGCUCUAUUAACAACAAUUAAAACACUGAGAGAUGGAGGGAGAGAAUUAGUUUUAUUAAGGCUGUGAUUUAAACAUUAGGGCGAGCAGAAUUAAACCGUUAGCUGUUGAGAGGUGUGUGUGUGUGAGUCACGGGUAUCGCCUGGCUGAAGAGUGGUCUGAAACGCAGAGCCUCUUAGUAGAGGAACAUGCCCUGGGGAAGGACGAUGUGCUUGUGACAGUAUGGCUCCAAGAGAUUAGAGACAGAUGACUGUAUUUCUACACUGUCUUAGUCCUGUCUCUCUCUCUCUCACACACGUAAACCAUAGAUCGUGUUUUCUUUCCAUUUAAUCCAAAAUGGCCCCUUUUACUUCCAGAGUGCUUUGUUUGGUUUGAUGUCCUUUCCCACAUGCUCAUGUUCUGAUUCCUUCUGUGACUGUUGUCAUUGUGUACGUCAGUGUCCCUGGAGACUGAGCACAAUAUAUAAUACAUACAAUACAUAGUCUCUCCUUCACCUAAUGCUGCAGUCUCUGCAAAAUGUAUUUAUUCAGUUCAGGGGUGUGUGUGUGUGGGUGUGUGUAUGUAUGUGUGUCUCUGUGGGUGUGUGUGUGUGUGUGUGUCUCUGUGUGUAUGUAUGUGUGUCUCUGUGGGUGGGUGUGUGUGUGUGUGUGUGUCUCUGUGUGUAUGUAUGUGUGUCUCUGUGUGUGUGUGUGUGUGUGUGUGUGUCUCUCUGUGUGUGUGUCUCUGUGUGUGUGUGUGUGUGUGUGUGUCUCUCUGUGUGUGUGUAUGUGUGUCUCUGUGUGUGUGUGUGUGUGUGCGUCUGUGUGUGUGUGUGUCUCUGUGUGUGUGUGUCUCUGUGUGUGUGUGUGUGUGUGUGUGUGUGUACCUUCCUCUAGCAGUACCAGUUCUAUCAGCACAUUCCUUGACCUCGGGUUCUAAGUGACAUUCCAUUCUGUUUUUUUGUUCAAAUAACUGGUUUGUUCAUUCCGUUGUUUUGAAUGUUUAUAUUGCAACCUUCAAGAAGAAAUGCAGAAAGGUUAUCUAAACAAAUCUGUCGGCACCUGAAUGCCUUUGUUUGAUCCCUGACACAGCAGUUUAGCUUUAGUGAUUAAUUUAUUGUGUUUCUGUUUUUUUUAUUAAAGAUAUCCACUGGU